CUAUUGAGCGGACUACGUCUGGGUAGUGAAGAGUUCUCUCGAGGUGCUACUUGUGUCCGUGUUGUCUUCAUUCGGAUCAUGAUCUGGAUUGACGGUGUUGGCCAAGCUCACACAGACGCGGGUGUCAAUCGUGUCUCAAUCGAAGCUGUUCGAGCAAUUGCGAGUGUGCAGUUGCAUUUGUCUCGUGGAUCACAACCAACUGAGACUGAUCUCACGGAGACUCUGGUUCGUGGAUGCACACUCCUGAAUAUCAAGAGUGGACCAAGUUUGAGAAACAUCACAGCAUAUCGAACCUCUAGUUCAACAACACUGACUACACAAAGAUCUACUUCAUCUGAAUAUAAAGAACUAACCACACAAUCUAAAAUAACUUUGCCUGCUUUAACAAUUCCAGUAGUUCAUAAUCGAACUGAUGAUCAAUUUACACGAAUACACUCUACAACUACUUCAAAACCACAAAUUGAUUAUCCAAUUCUAUGUCAAAUCAGUGGAUUCAUUUAUUUUUCAAAAUCAUUUCAACCAAUGGAAUGGUUAGAUGAUUUAAUUGAUAAUUCAAGUGAAAUUUAUCAGAAUUUUUCAUUAGAUAUACAAAAUCAAAUCAACAAUGUAAUGGAAAUAUUAGAUUUACAAUUUGCUUUAUCUCUCAAGAUUCUUAACAUUAAAUUCACAAAAAUUCCUAUAACAAUGCAAAGUAUGCAUGAUAAUAAUAAUAAUAGUAGUAAUAAUAAUACCACUAAUCUUCGAAAUUCCACCGUAACCUAUAAUAUUAGUAGUCAGAUCUCAGUGACAAUUACAUUAGAAGCGAAAUUACUACUACCAUUACCAAUUCCAGACAAUAGGAUGACAGAGAUUUUAAAUGAAGGAUGGAAGCACUUAACAAUCAUAUCACAGUUCAUUUUAAUUGAUAUACAAUUUUCAAGUAUAUCAACUGAUCUUAAAACCACUCAAACAUUACCAAUAAUGACUAUUACAGAAAAGAUGAAAAUCAAUCAAACAACUACGUUACCUAUGAUAAAACCAACAACUGAUACUACAUUAGACAAUUUAGAAGGUAGAUUAUGA